AAUUCAAUCGCACUGAAAAUGGAUCCGGCUUCACAAUGUACACCAGAACAUACACCAGCAAGACUUAGCGCAAGAGGCAUUUUUAUCACUGGAAAUGGCUAUUUAUGCCUCAUUUGUAACUUAGAAAUUGUCACACUGACGAAUGUUAUUAAGCAUUUUGCUAACAAGAAGCACUGUGAUAAACUUCAUGACGUAAGGUUAGCUCGUUCCAAGGUUGACGGAUUUUUUCGUUGCAAUAAAUGUACUAAUUACGCAACAGAAAGCUGGAAAAAUUUCUUAAUUCAUUUUACACAACAAAAUCAUUUCUACAGUGUGAAGGAAAGUAACAAUCGGUACAUCUCUUAUGUUUCGAACGUUACUCUUGUGAGAAAUCUUUUAAUUGAGCAAGAUCCUGGAAAUUUUUUUUGCCUUUUCUGCAAUGAGUUAAUAAUCGGAGGUGACUCAGUCUUUGCACAUAUUGAAGAAAAAAAGCAUGAAGAGUUGCUUCAAACUUUUACUGCCAAGUAUCCACCAGAAAUACUCUAUGAUGAUCAAUGUCGCAAGUGGGCAAAAAAUUUUAUUUGCGUGCUAGCGCAUUCAGAAUUCUAUUGCGCUUUAUGCGACAGUUUAAUAAAAGGGAAAUUAAAUUGUGCCAAGCACAUUAUUUCUCAUAACCAUGUAACAAACGUGGUAACAAGCGAUAAUAUUAAUUAUCAACUCCUUGAUAAUUGCAUUAAGAGGAAAAAACUGUUCGAUUCGUAUGAAUAUCCAGGAUUUGAAACAUCAACACAUUCUCCAGUUGUUGCCAAAACAAUGUGUGAUGCGGAUCUGAUGGUACAAGGAACACAUGAUACACCACAAAAAUUUAGUGCAAGAGGUACUAACCACAUCAGUUCCAGUAUCCAUGUAGAAAAUAUGCUAAUGAUUGAUGAGUUUAAUUAUGAACCUCCGUGUAACGAGAUUCAGAGGAAAGAAAAUCCAGGUCCUUUGAAAAAAACUGUCCACGAAAACUCAAUAAUGGGACCAGUUCCGUCAACUGGUCACUUCAUCUCUGAACAUAUAUCAAGUCACCAGCACAUGCAAUUGAGGAAAACAGCCGAUUCCAUGAAGUCACAGGAAAUUACUAAUAGUGGUAAUACAUUUGAAAAUUUGUCAAGUAGCUGGGAGACAAUUGAAAGUUCAUUAGCUAGUUGGGAAGUAUGUGGAACUCAAUCGCAAAGUUGCGAUUUGUUCAAAAGUUCAUCAAGUUCUUGGGAGUCAUCUGACAAGAUUUCGAAUAGUUGGGAAACAAUCAGUACAUCAAGCUCAUAUUCGGCACAACAGGCACCAAUGAUGUUUGAAAUACCAAAAUCUCUGAUACCAUUGAUCUCAGAAAAUGUGUUACAACGUCGAAAAGCAGAACUAUAUUGCGUAGCUUGUGAAGUUCAUAUAAGAAGUGUGGAUAGCUUCUUGGGCCAUACAAAUAGUAAACGCCACAGUGCACGAUUGAAGGAAUACAAAACUCAGAUAGCCCAAAAAAAUCAAAAGUUACCUGUGACCUUACAAAACAUCGCUUGUUCCAAUGUACAGCAAAGGACAGUUGAUAGUAAGCCAUUUGAGGAUGCUAAGAGAGUGGCUGAUAAAACAGUUAGUCGACCAUCAAAACUGUUGGAGGUUCCACAAGAUCUAGUUCCAUUGAUAUCAAAACAUCAGUUGAAUCAUUUAGAAAAAGAAAUAUAUUGCAAGGCUUGUGACGCUCAUCUUUUAACUCCAACCAGUUUGAUAGAUCACACUAGGAGUAAAAAUCAUAUCGCAAGAUUAGGAACUUAUAGAGAUCAGAUUGCACAAAGCAGUAAAAAGUCAUCAUCAAAUACUUCAGAAGACAGCAGAGCUCCAAAUACACCUGCACGUUCCAUUAAUCAAAAACCCCUACAGUCGGAAUCAGAAAAUGUUGCAAGACCAGAUAGUCAGCAUUCUACAAAAUUGUUUGACAUACCGAAGAAUCUUGAAUCGCUGAUUACUAAACAUUCACUAGAUCAUCUGAAAAAUGAACUGUAUUGCAAAGCUUGUAAGGCUCACCUACGAGGUCCAAGCAGCAUAGUUGCCCAUACAAAGAGUAAAUAUCACAUUGCUACAUUGAAAUAUUACAGAGAUAAGGUAUGGCGAAAAGACGAAACGUUAUUGAGUACUUCCGAUUAUAGUAAUGUUACGAAUGCAUCUGUGCCUACAAUUAGUAAAGAUCCACCGCAGUCAGUAACACGAAGUAGUGAGAAACCUGUAAGUGUGCUAUCAGAAAAAGCGUUUGAUAUAUAUUGCAAAGUUUGUAAAACUCAUAUAGAAACACCAGAAGCCAUGGAAAAUCACAUGAAAAGUGAACAACACGUGGUAAAUUUCAAAAGUGGCAAUGUUCAAGAAAAGAAGAAAGAAUUAUUCGCAAAUGAAAUGCAAUUGUCUCAGGUCAAUAAUUCAAAUAAAAAUUAUGAAACACAAAUACCAUAUGCCUUAAAAGAGUUGGAAAAACUAAAACAUGCCGUUCAAUCCAAUAUAGCACCCGAUAUCAAGAAUAAUACAACUGUGUCCAAAACAAAGAAAGUACGAGUACAAAACAGAAAAAAAUCGAACACGUCUAAUCAUGAAUCACAAAUUCCAGAAAUAAAAUGCAAUUUCAAGGCCCAAGAGACUGUCGUGAAAAAUUCCAAGUGUUUGGAUAAUUUGAGAAACCUGGGACAGAAUCAGGUGGGGGACCAGACUAACGAUUCAAAGGCAUUGAAAAAAGGUAGAAAAAAGAUGCCUCUACCAAAAUAUUUACACGCCGAUAUGCAGCACAUUUAUAGCAUGAAUCCAGAAAAGUUGAGAAUAAUCAAAUUGAGUUGUCAAUUAUGCUUUCCAAAAACAUCAUCUUUGAUAUAUUGUCUAGUUUGUCAAAGAAGCGUACCUUGUAAUUUGCAGACAUUUUAUGAACAUAUCUGCACCUUGACACACACUGCGAAUUUAGCUGAGAUGGAAUCAAACGACCAACACUUCAUAAAUUGUCCAGAUCAAUUUAGUGACUUAACACUCGCAAAAGAGUUGUCCCAAGAAAUGUCAGAUGAAAAUAUUCAGUGUUUUGCUUGUGACUUGUCAAUUCUAAAUGAUCAUGCAGAUAUUCUUGAACAUGUUACGGAAGAUUUUCACCAAGAAAGAAAACAGUCGUGGAAUAAAGUAAUGGAUAAAAUCCUGCAGGAUAUUUUAGUUCAAAUGGAAAGCACUUGGUACACUAUUCAAAAAUAUUGGUGCCAACUUUGCGAUAUCCAGUUUAGUGCGGAAUUUUUCUUCGCAGAGCAUUUAGAAGGAACACAACAUCAAAAACGUCUAAAGAAAACGGGCAUAUCCGCAAAGAGACUAAUUUAUGAUGCUUGUGUAUCAUGUGCCACAUUGUGGUUGGGUUUUCCGACACUUUAUACACAGCAUUGUGAACAGCCAUUGCACAAGUAUUUAGUACAGCGUGGAGACUAUGUAAAAUGCGUAUUACCAAAUCAAGCGAAAGCUCUAUUAGAAAAUGCUGAGGCAGAGGCCAUAAGUCUAAUUGCAUUAUCCGAUCAAGUAUUAAAUGUUCAAAAAACGAAAGUUGACUCCUUGUUAAAAUGCCUAGAAGAUACUGUCAAAGUAGAAUUUCCUAAAGCCAAGGCUUAUCCCUUAGGAUCAAGAGUAUCUGGCUUAGGUUUUCCAGACAGCGAUAUAGACGUAUUUCUGGAUUGUGGUACAUAUGACGGAAAAAACAAUUCUAAGAACUAUCAAAUCGAUAUAAUACAUUCUGUCGCGAAUUGUUUACAUGCUAAUGCGGAAUCAUGGGAAAUUGACGAGAUUCUCGUGUCAACUAGAACGCCCAUUAUCAAGUUACAUCACAGAAACACAGAACUAAGCUGUGAUGUAUCGUUCAAAAAUGGUCUAAGCGUUGAAAAUACUAAGUUAUUAAAAUGCUUUAUCGACAAUUACCCGCUCUGCCGACAGUUAAUGUUGUUUUUGAAGAGAUGGCUUUCUUUGUGCAGUUUAUCAGGACCACGGUAUAUUGCGAAUUAUGCAAUCUGUUGGUGUGUCAUUUUCUAUCUUCAAGUAGAAUCGAUUCUACCAAGUGUUGCCAGCUUGAUUGCCAAAGAGAAUAAGUCUAAAAUAAUUAGUAAUUGGGAAACUGGGAUUUGUGCUACAUUUAAUGUUAGUGGGCACGAAUAUACCUUUACGAAGUUAUUGUAUGGAUUUUUCGUUUUUUACUCCAAUUUCGAGUACCGGAAUUCCGUAGUCUGCCCGCUUCUUGGUCGUACCAUAUUGAAAAGUGAUUUUGAAGAUCUUGAUCUACUACCAAGUGAGAUGAGACCAUAUGUUGAUCACGUUAUUAAGAACAGGAAUGAUGACUCCAUAGAGUUAUUUAGAAUCCAUGCAGAAAUGUGCAUUCAAGAUCCUUAUGACUUGUCACAUAAUCUCACCAAGUCAGUUCCAAAGUUUACUUUGAAUCGUUUUAGGCGGUUGUCUGCAGCAAGCGCAGAUAUUUUGAAAACUUUCCUGCAAUGCUAAGGUGCAGUCAAUAUGUUCUAUCGCUGUGUUACUAAGUUUUAUCUAUUCGCGUGGCAACUUUACAUGCAAGAUAUGAUUUCAGCAUAGUUUUACACUUCAAUGUAUAAUGUGCGUUUUUACUUCAGGAGAAUCAUGUUUUUGAUAUUGGAACUAACAUUAUGUAGUUGGAGUUCCUUUCGUUUGUCCUAUUUUAUUAUAAUUUCAAAUGAUGUGAUUUUCUGUUAUGGAUAUACCGUGCAUCGUGUUGGAUUGUAUAUCGAUCAAAAAUUUAGAAACUUUAUUAUCCGUUCAUUUUUUAUUGAUUAAAUAUUUCCAAGCAGUAUUGCGAACUUCCCGAAUAUGAAAUCUUAAAAUUUCCGUCGAUUUCAGAACAACUUUCAUUCUCUUUGCAAAGUCUGAAAGUAGUGUCCAAAGUUACUGUGUUUCAAAUAUAUCUAAUUAAUCAAGUAGUUUUAUACAAAAGUGCUGUGACAAUUU